AUGGACUCCGUAUCGGUCAUCGCCUCUUUGCUCGUGCUCGUAACCGUCUUCAUGGUGUGCCUCUACAUCCGCCGACCCUCCCUGGCUCAUAUCAGAGGUCCAACUCCAGCUUCGUUCCUCCUAGGGAGCACGCUCGAGUUGUACCAAGAACAAGCUGGCGAAACCGAUUUCACGUGGCAGAGGCGAUACGGUGGUAUCGUACGGUUUAAGAGUAUUCUGGGCGAGGAUCAGCUUUUGAUCACAGAUCCAAAAGCUCUCCGGCAUAUUCUCAGUGCAUCUGACUUAUAUCCGCAUCAACCAGAGCGACGCAUGAUGUCUGGCUUUAUCAACGGUAAGGGUAUCGCGUGGGCUUGCGGCGACGCGCAUAAGAGGCAAAAGAGAAUAAUACUCCCGGCGUUUGGUGCUCCCCAUUCGGAAACAUUCCUGAAGGCGUCAAAAGUAGCUGCUGAAGGGGUGUGUGCCAAGUGGAUGGACGUCGUCAACGGGACGAACGAUGGACGUGCCAUCAUUGACAUGUACAAAUGGUUGUCUAGGGCAACGCUGGACGUGAUCGGGCAAGCUGCUUUCGGUGAUUGCUUUGGGUGCCUCGACGAUCCGAAUCAUAUCCUUGUACGAUCUUAUCAGAAUUCGAUCGCCUCUAUUCUCGGCUCUCCCCCUCCGCAGCAGAUCUUCAUGCUGGAAAUUUUGAAGUAUCUCCCGACGUGGAUGACAGAGUACGUAUUGGAGCGUAGUAAGGAUAAAAGGUGCAUGCUUGUGAAGCGCAUGCGGAAGACUGUGAUGGGCAUUGGGAGAGAGCUCGUGAGGAAGCGGCGUGAUGUGUACGCAGUGGGGGGAAUAAAUGAGUGCAAAGACGUUGACGGAGAGGACAAGGAUGCUUUGGGGCUGUUGGUGAAAGAGUACAUGAAAGAUGAGAAUGAGGAAGAGAUAUUAGCGCAGAUAAGGACUCUUUUGAUCGGUGGGCACGAAACGACGACGCAUACGCUCGAGUGGGCUCUAUUGGAAUUGGCGAAGAGACCGAGUACGCAGGCGAAAGUGCGCGAGGAAGCGAGGCGGGCAGACGCUACGGUACGAGGACGUGACGGCGUGUGGCGUGUGGCGGAUUUGGAGGGGAUGGCAUAUACGGUGGCUAUUGUGAAGGAAGUUUUUCGCUACCACUGUACCCUACCCCACGCCUACCGCGUUGCUGCAAAAGAGGACGUCGUGCCAUUAGCGAAGCCGAUUAGGACGGAGGCCGGACUUCCCAUGGAAGAGAUACGUGUUCCACGGGGGACGAGAAUUGUUGGGUCGAUCGCGGGGUAUAAUAGGAAUCCAGAUGUGUGGGGCGAUGAUGCGGACGCGUUCAAUCCAGAUAGGUGGAUGAAAGAUGACGAGAAGGAAGUUACCACGGUUGGUGUAUAUGCUAAUUUGUUGACGUUUUGGGGUGGACCGAGAGCUUGUAUUGGCUGGCGCCUCGCCGUGAUAGAGACACAAGUGUUUCUUAUCGAGAUAAUCAGCAGGUUCGAGGUCUCCUUGUCGGAGAAGGCCACGAGGGUAAGAAGGGAGGCGUGUGGGGUUGUUGCCCCAACCGUGGAGGGAGAAGUGGAGAAUGGGGUGCAACUGCCACUGGUGAUCUCUCUCGCGCAGCAAUGA